AUGAUAGAUCAGAAUGACACCCUGAUUUUGAGUAACCUGGAAGAUGUGAGAAAUCAUUUGAUCCAUGUGGAGGAAUCCAUGGAUGACUUCUUCAUUGUCACCAUGUCCAUCAUCAUUUUUUUCAUGCAAGCUGGGUUUGCUUUCAUGGAAGCUGGAGCUGUGAGAUCAAAGAACACUGUGAACAUCCUCAUAAAGAACCUCUUGGAUAUGUUGAUGGGAGGAAUAGCUUAUUGGCUCAUUGGAUUUCCUUUAGCUUUUGGCAAAGGAAAUGCCUUCAUGGGUUGGACCUAUUGGGCAAGUGUAGGUCUGCCUGACCGCAAGAUGGCGCAGUGGUUCUUUGACUUUGUCCAUGCAGCCACUGCUUCCACUUUGGUCUCUGGUUCCCUGGCUGAGCGCUGCAACUUCUAUGCUUACCUCAUUUAUAGUGUCCUCAUCACUGGUAUUGUUUAUCCAAUCGCAUCCCAUUGGACUUGGGCGCCAAAUGGCUGGUUGCACACUUCGCCAUUCAAGGACUACGCUGGUGGCGGCGUUGUGCACAUGACUGGCGGCGUUUGCUCCCUGGUGGGGGCGGCGCUCAUGGGCCCGCGCAUCAACAGGUUCCAUUCGAAAACCGGCGAGCCACAAGACAUCCGCGGCCAUUCAGUGCCACUUCUGGCACUUGGAGGCUUCAUCCUCCUAUUUGGUUUCAUGGCAUUUGCAGCUGGCUUCCGUGGACACAUUUCUAAAACUGGGGAUGGUGCUGUAGUGAGCAGAGCAAUUCUCAACUCACUCCUAGGAGCUUGUGGAGGUGGUACAGGGGCUCUCAUGAGUCACAGAGCUGGCUGCUUUGGUCCUGUUCACACUUGGUCUUUUCUUAUGACCAUGAAUGGUGCCCUGGCUGGCAUGGUAAGGAAGAAUAAAGUAGCAUAUGGGAGAUGUAAAAAAAAAAAAAGUUCAGAAUGCAUGAAAAUUUCUUAG